AUGACAGUCAUAUGUUUACUUUCUAAUGCUUUUCAACUAAAAGAACCUGAAAUCAUUGAUAUGAAGUACAAGUUCUUCAAUACAUGUCAGAAUAUUGAAGUUGUUCUACAUUUAUUGAAAGAAGCGCUUCAAAAGCGAGAUAUAGCUAAGUUCCAGGAACAAAAUAUGAGUGAUUGUCACACAAGUGAUGCGCUCGAAGCCCUACGAGGAAAGGGCGUAAGGGAGGGACCCCCUCGCCGCCAUUAUCGAUUGCCCUAG